UUAAAAGGGAGCCAAGGGCAGGAUAAGGCUCUUUGGCAGCAUUAAGCGGAGCUUUCCUCCUGGAGGAGAAGGAACAAAUACAUUCAUUUAAGAAUGUGUUUUGAAAAGCUGACCAUUGUGAUAUUGGUGAUCCUUGGCGUUGUCAGGCCAGGUAAGCUUUGCAAGCGACGCUCACCUAUUUAUGUACUGGAAACGGAAUAUUUUUCAAAUUGCUGUCCUGCUGCCGAAGAAAAUAAAGGAUAUACUGUAACUUGGCAUAGGGAACAAGAAGGAAAGUCAACAGCAAUUCAAGAAGACAGAAGAAUUAAUAUGAAUGGGACAUAUUUGCAAUUUUGGCCAGUUGUAUUGAAUGAUACUGGAAACUAUACUUGCUGUCUCAGCAAUGGAACAGAUGCUCCCACCUGUUACCAGUGGUCAUUAAAAGUUAUCCAAAAAAUUAAAGAAAGUUGUUUCAAUGAAGAUCAUUUGUUAACUGUGAUACCAGGAAUAGUUGGCAAAUCCUAUCCCUUUGCAUGCAGCGAUAUCCCUCACCCUGCCACCACUGUCAGCAUAACAUGGUACAAGAAUUGUAGCAGGAUCGAGAAUCAAAUAGAGGAACAAUGGCAUAUUGAACAGCUAAAAGCUGAUGAUAAUGGGAAGUACACAUGUGUGAAAUCACUUGUUCAUGAAGGAAGGCGAUACAAUAUCACCCAUACAGUAGAACUAAUAGUGAAUGGUGAUAAGGAAAUCACAGGACCUGCAUUAAUUGGAUCAGAUCACAGUAUUUCCAAAACAGAAAUAGGCAAAGAAGUGUUACUAAACUGCACAGCCUUUUUGGGUUAUUCCAGCAAUUCAGACCAAUUCACUUUCUCCUGGAGCCGCAAUUAUGACUUAAUAGAGUUAUGUGAGGAUGCUGAGGAAGAGGGUUCACUAUGCCAAAUGAAAGAAAAUAUUUAUUAUGAAAAUGGUCGGAAAUAUGUCUCAAAGCAGUUGUGGAUUAAAAGUGUUGAAGAGGCGGACAUGAAUUCAUCAUACAUCUGUACUUUGUCUUUCAAUGGGCGGAAACCUGUACGUCAGAUACAUACAUUACAAAAAGAUAUAUCUAAUGCAGAUCUACCUGUUCAUGUCUUUACAACUGGAAUUAUCAUGGCAAUAUUAUUUUCAUUUGUUGUUGUGCUUGCGGUGAUUCUGUCUGUGGUGUUCAGAGUUGACCUUGUGUUAUUGUACCGAGAUAUAACAGGGAAGGAUGAAACCUUGGGAGAUGGAAAACUGUACGAUGCCUUUGUGUCUUACUUGAAAGACUCUGGACCUAUAUAUGGUGAAGAGAGAAAAUUUGCAUUGGAGAUAUUACCCCAAACAUUAGAGGAUCAUUUUGGAUACAAACUGUGCAUCUUUGAACGAGAUAUCUGCCCUGGAGGAGCAAUUACUGAUGAUGUCCAGUCAUUUACUGAGAGAAGUCGAAGACUAAUCAUUAUAUUGAGUAGGAACUACGUCUCUGACAAAGUCAUGCUUGAGCUUGAAACGGGACUCCACAAGGCUUUAGUGGAAAGAAAAAUUAAAGUAAUAUUAAUAGAAUACAUGCCUGCAACUGAUUUCGAUUUCCUGCCCAAGUCUUUGCAACUUCUUUCAUCCAGCCAAGUGGUGAAAUGGGAAAAAGACAAAUCACUGCCUUUAAAUUCCAGGUUUUGGAAGAAGCUCCGCUACGCAAUGCCUGCUAAACCCACCUGGAGAAAAAACACUAACUGCUUUGUGAGAGCAGAAUCGUGUCAGCACAGCACAUGAACAACCAGCAUUUUGUGCACCAUAUUGGCAUUGUCCCUGAUGAGAAUUUUACUUGUAUUCUACUUCAGCCCACCAUCCUCAGAAACAUGACUGGAAGACCAUGAGUUUUUUCACUGGCUGCUUCCAGGCUGUGGCACUCACUGCUGUGGGGAACUCAACCAACACCUUUGUCCUGUUGGCAAGCAAAGGCCUUUUUGUUCAAGUAGACUUCUGGAAAUUGGCUGCUGAGGAAGGCACUUUGAACAUGUGAUGUACUUUCCUGUUGAUGUGCUUUUCAAUGGGUUUUAAUUCAGGUGUGUUUAAAUGAAAACAUUGGUUUGUCUUCUAAUAUUAUAAUUUAUUAUGUUUUAUAUGUAUUGUUUUUAAAAUUGUGAGCUUCCUUGAGAACUCAUUUUGGGGAAAGGACAGUCAUGAAUCAAUCAAUCAAACAAACAAAUAAAUGGAUACACAAAUAGCACUUGCAAGCAGGAGAAUUGCUAAAGGGCUUAAAAGAGAACACAUUAUUUCUUUUUUAUGGUCAGAUUUUAUGCAGAUUUUUCACAAUUAUAGAACUGUGUGUUUAUACACAUUUGAAUUGAUGCUAUCUUUAUUUUCAGAAACAUCUUUGUGUGUGGGGAAAAAGCUUCCACUGACACGAAAAUACAACAGCAAUUUAAAACCCACAUCUAAUGUAAGAAAAAAGAGUGAGAAUGUUCAAGCAAUAUGUUACUGACUGUGGGUGCAUCUACACUGUAGAAAUAAUGUAGUUUGACAUCAUGAUAUGGAAUUCUGGGAUUUAUAGUUUUACAAAGUUUUUUUGCCUUCUCUGCCAAAGAGGUGCCUCACAAAACUACAAAUUCCAAGAUUCUGUAGGAUGAAGCCAUGGCAAUUAAAGUGGUGUUAAACUGCAUUAUUUCUAUGGUGUAGAUGCAUUCAGUGAGACAAAGAGGAGAAGCAGAAAUGGAGGCUCAGAUAACAGGAGAGGUCAAGGCAGUUAUGGGGCUGGGAUACUCUGAGCUGCUGCUGGAGUAUCCUGGCCAGUGCAGACCUUUGCAAAGGUCAAAAUACUGUAAAAGCAAGUAUACAUUAGUGAUCUAAUGCCUGUUAUCCAAGGAGUUUUCUGGAUGAUAUGUCAUAUGCCAAGUUACUUAUCAGUGAUUGGAUCCAAGAGGAGAUUUAACAGCAUUCAAACUUUAUAUCCCAUGCUUUUUUUAUUCCAUUACAUUUGGAAGGUAUUUAGAUAACUGAAUGUUUAAACAGUUCUGCAAGGAGGUGAUCUAUGCUUUGUAUUCAUGUUGCUCAGGACUUCCUACUGAUUACACAUGUAUGAAAGUGAGGUAUGCUUUCUGUGGGAAUAUCCAAAAUUGGUGGGGAUUACACAUCAAUUUUGCUUUGGACUUAUUGUAUAUACUCAUGUAUAAGUCUAGAAAUAUUAGUCAAAACAUUGACCCCCAAAAUCUGAGUUGACUUAUCUAUGGGUCAAAGUAAGUACUGUACUUU